AUGUCUUUGCUCAUGUCCACAGUCAACCUGCAGCGUGCAAAAUGUCGCCUAGAGAGCUACUGGCGCCCUCUGAUCGGUGGAAACCGACUAGCGGAUCGGCUGAGUUUUCUGGCAAGAUCCAGUGUGCAGGCGAUGCGUCCACGUGAAAACAGCGACCUUGCGAGUGCGGGGAUCGCAUCUGUUGAGAAGGUUUCGCUGGUUCACGAGUCGAAGCUCAGUCCGACAAUGGGAGACCUCUCUGAAGACAUCGAAGCGGUUGUCAGUGUUGAGUACAACGCCAAACAUGAUGGUGGUUCCUCAUCAGUGAUGAAAAGCAGGAGAUGCAGCCAAGAAACCGAGACUCGAGGUGCUGACCUUAUCCGAGAGAAUGAUAACGCUGGACAGGAUCAGGUGACACCCAGCGAUGGUGCUGCUGCUCUCGAAAGUCCAACGCGUGAUCAGCCAACUGGUUUGCAAAUCACUACGGCAGGAUUACAGCAGGUAUCCUUCUCUGCGGACACAACGGGAAAAUCAUCAACCGUCCCGCCCGCGGAACAAACCACCACAGGUGUGAGUGCACUGCCGUCUGUAGAUCACUCCGUCAGUUCACCAUUGCAAGAGAUGCCGUUUCCGGAAGAGAUCUCCCGAGUCGCAGGUCCAACACUUGGCUCUAUCCUGCAACGUAUUCACCUCAACGAUGGCGAUGUGAGCGAGCUCGACUUCUCGGCUCUGUCUCAGCACAACAAACGGCUCGAAUCUGAAGGGUGUGCCCUUGUAGCGCGCUCUUUGACGACCAAUUGCACCGUUCGGAAGCUUAUUAUUCGAGACCACGAUAUUGGAGACGGCGGUGCUGUCGCUCUCUCCAAGAUGUUGUGCAUCAACACGACUCUGGAGUACUUGGAACUAACCGGGAACAACAUCAGCGAUCGAGGGGCUGAAGCGCUCGCGCAGGCACUGUACGGACACGACUCGUUGACGCAUUUGUGUCUGGAGAACAACUGGAUCAGCGAUCGUGGUGCUGAAGCUCUCGCACAAGCCAUCCGUUGCAACUGUACGCUUAAAUCUUUGGGCCUAGUACACAACCGAAUCACAGGGAAGGGGGCUCAGGCGUUGCUUGACGCACUGGAUGUCAACAUGCAUUUGGAGAUCGUUAACCUUGGUGCAAACGACGUGCCGACUUUCGUCGGAAGCCAACUGGCUGCGACACUAGCACGCAAUCGUGCCGAGUCUUUGCUGUUCGGCUUGCAUGCUGCAGAGAAGGAGACAGACGAGGUUGCUGGCAAGGCCAGUGGAUUGGAUACAGAAGACGAAGAUGAAGACAGCAGCGGGAUGGAAGAAAAAUGGGAGAGUGACGACGAUGGGAGAGCGUCGAGCGGGUUUCAACACUGCUCGGAAGCGACGGACAGUCCCUCGAGCAGCAGCGGUCUUUGGAUCUGA